AUGUGGCUGCUGCAGCAGCAGCAGCUGCAGCAGCAGCUCUCCGCUGUAUCUACAGCAGCUGCUGCUGCUGCUGCCGCUGCUGUUGCUGCCCAGCAGCAGCAGCAAAGAACAACGCAGCUCACAAGCACACCCGGUUAUGUCUUCUCCCUCGACUUCAUCUCCACCUUCACACUGCAGCAGCAGCAGCAGCAGCAGCAGCAGCAGCAGCAGCAGGAGCAGCAGGAGCAGCAGCAGGAGCAACAGCAGCAGUAG